AUGUUGGAUACCUUUGAGAUAUUGACCACUUCUGGUGUCGUCUUGUGGUCGCGCACCUACGUCCCAGUCGGCGCAAACGUCAUCAACAGUUUAAUACGAGAUGUCUUCAUCGAGGAGCGCAUACAACCUCAAUCUGAAGAUGCUGGCUCAAAACCUACAUACAGGAAGGAGGGAUAUACCUUGAAGUGGACGGCGGCAAAGGACCUUGGUCUCAUCUUCGUGGCUGUAUAUCAAAGUCUGGUCCACCUCACAUGGGUCGACAAGUUGCUCGACAAUGUGCGCGCACUCUUCGUCGGCCUCUACGGCGAGCAGCUGAAGGCGGAACACAGCAGUGUGGUCAACUGCGAUAAAUUCGGUGCCUACUUUGACCGUCAGAUGCAUGACUUGGAAGGCGCGAGCGACUCUGGCGCACCAAGCAUCAAGCUCACCACCCCCGAAUCGAGUACAGACAAUGACAGCGCCGACGAGACAGCGCUCAAGCCAGUGGCUCUGCAGAAACCACAGCAAUCCUUGUACGAUACGAGCGCCGAUUCAACACCAGUACCCACGCCAGAUACCUCGAGACCUUCUACACCUGCGCAAAGCCAGCUUUUGACAGGAAAGGCAAGACCGUUUGGAGGGAAGAUGUCGCGGAGAGAUAAAAAGAAGGCCUCAGCUUUUAGUUCGGCGCCAGUAUCGUCAGGCGACGAAGCGUCAGCAAAGAAGAAGGGCAAGGGCUCAGCAAAGAAGGGCAGAGUAUGGGGUGAAUUCGGCGCAGAAGAGCAGGACGAUUCUGUUCUCGACUAUUCACAAUCGGACAUUCGGGGCGAUGCAUCAGGAAACGAAGCGCUCGAGGAGAUUAGACCAGAGACAUGGGGCCACAAGACGAACAGGGGCGAGUUUGUGCUCAAGGACCUCGACGAAGAAAUGGACGAAAUCAUUGCAGCACAAAAUGCGAAGAAGGAGAAAGAGGCACCCGCUGCAUCUGGUGGACUUGUAGGGUCCAGUUUGGGUGCAAUUGGCGGCUUGUUCAGAAACGUAGUAGGCGGCAAGACACUCACCAAGGAGGCCCUGGCAAAGCCACUGAAAGAAAUGGAACAGCAUCUCCUUCGCAAAAACGUAGCCCUCGAAGCAGCAGUGCGCUUGUGCGAAAGCGUCGAGCGGGAUCUCGUGGGCAUGAAGACUCCAAGCUUCACCACAAUCGAGACGACGCUCAAGUCUUCCAUGGAGAAAGCCCUUACAAAGAUGCUUACCCCCACCUCCUCCCUCGACCUCCUUCGCGAGAUCCAACACACCAACGCCACCACAUCCCGCCCCUACGUACUCUCAAUCGUCGGGGUAAACGGCGUCGGAAAGUCGACAAACCUUUCCAAGAUCGCCUUCUUCCUGUUACAAAACCACCACCGCGUCCUUAUCGCAGCAGCAGAUACCUUCCGUUCCGGUGCCGUCGAGCAACUACGCGUCCACGUAGAUAGAUUAAAGGAGCUCUCACAAAGAGAAGGAGGCCAAGUCGAUCUCUUCGAAAAGGGAUACGGAAAAGACGCAGCAAACAUCGCUGCGGAUGCCGUAACCUUCGCUUCAAAGAACAGCUUCAACGUCGUCCUCAUCGACACCGCUGGUCGCCGCCACAACGACCAACGUCUCAUGUCUUCGCUCGAGAAGUUCGGUAAACUGGCUAACCCAGACAAGAUUCUCAUGGUGGGUGAAGCGCUAGUUGGCACGGAUUCCGUGGCUCAGGCGCGCAACUUUAACGCUUCUUUUGGUGCGGGGAGGAGCCUGGAUGGCUUUGUCAUUUCCAAGUGUGAUACUGUGGGGGAUAUGGUGGGGACGCUGGUGAGCAUGGUGCAUGCCACUGGUAUCCCGGUGGUGUUUUUGGGUACCGGGCAGCAUUAUAGUGAUCUGAGGACGCUGAAUGUGGGGGCUGUUACGAGGUUGCUUAUGAGCUAA